GGGAUAAAAGGUACAGAUUAACACUUUAGAACUACUCCAAUCAAUAAUAAGUUCUCACUUCAAGAAUACUGCUUUUGAAAUCAAAUUUACCAGGACAUUACAGCAAUUUUUACCUUUCAACCUCUUCCAGUCGUUGUCUUAACCUAAUUCCAACCUCCAAAUCAGUUGUAACAAUCAGAAAUAAGCAUGGCCUCGCUACUCAUUGCUCUGGUGACAGCACCAGCACUACUCGCCACGAACGAGGCAAUUCGACAAGGCCAAGCCAAAGAUCGCAAAGAAGAACAUCGUGCACGGAGAUGCAAUUUGAUUGCCAGCUGUGUUGAGGCGUCACCGCUUAGCCUCGAAGUUGAUCAUAGGCAGAUUGUUCUCAGAGACUCCAAGCUAUAUAUCAAUAAGGACAUGAAUGAUUCUACACUACAUCCAUUCGCAGGAUAUUAUCUUCCAUAUCCAGACUCCAACUACGAAGGCCUUGUUUCUACUAUCACAGACGUUGCUCCAAUUAUGAAUUGGAUAUACGUUGAUAGAGAAACUUACGAAGUCAAGUAUGGAGUCCGUUUGGAUGCUCAACCUAACAUUACAGGUCCAUUCGACUGCACUAGACAAGACAGAAGGUUGACUCUCGAGGGAUGGGAGGGGUUUUGUGCUGUCAAAGAAGAAUUAAACGGAGAAGAAACUAGCAUGUGGGCCCUUUACUAUGAUCGAGACGAUGAUCGCUUGAUUGGGAAGCUAGGGAAGGAUAGAAAAAUAGUAGAGAUUGAGCUAAGGAGGCAAGAGAAGCGAGUACGGAGAGGAAAGCCCCUAGGUGAGAUGAGAUAAGUCCAUCAUGAUACAAUAAUGGUACGAUUUCACAAUAUAAACUGUGAGAUGGCAAUCGUAUGGCAUAAAGUAAAAUCACAUGAUAUGAUUCAGAAUGGAAUGGCAUAUCAUACAUAGUAUGAUGUGUUAGUGAACAUGUUUCAAUGAAGAGCGGUUCACUUGCACAUAUAGCAAUCUAUCAAGCGUCCUUCGUAUCA